AUGGCGGCCGAGGUGCUCGAGCUCGCGGGCAACGAGCUCAACAAGUUCCUCGGCGGCGUCACCAUCGCCUCGGGCGGCGUCCUCCCCAACAUCCACUCGGUGCUCCUGCCGAAGAAAUCCAAGGUCGCGGGUAAGGGGAAAACAGAGGGUGUUUGGUGCGCCAUUCGGUUUCUCUCGAGUUUCCCUCGGGAAACUCGCGAGUUUCCCUGA